CUCCACUUUCAAAUUCAAACAGCUCUCCCUCUUCUUUAUCUCUAGCAGAUAACAACUCAAUUGCUGCCGAGCAUCUUUCAGAGAGAGAGAGAGAGUAAAGAAAUGCAAGCGCUACAAUCUCCCUUCACCGGAGACCAGCUUCUCCUGCCAAAAUGCGGCAGGAAGCCUCUCCAGCCGAGGAACACUCCGGCGACUCCGGUGAACUCCAAUCUUACAAAACUCAAGCCGGUGCAGAAAUGGAUAGGCGUUGACGAUGAUUCGAACAAGGAGAACCGUCCGAUCUACCCGACUCCGACGAAGAUGCUCGAGCCGAUCGACGCGUCCCUGGCGGAGGAGCUGAGCGCAAUCAGGAAGAAGAUGGAGAGGCUGAGAUUGGACGGGGAGAGAACGGAGAAGAUGCUCAAGGAAAGAGAUUUGGUGAUGGAGAUGCAGAUGAAGGAGCUCGAGAGCAGAGGCCAGAUUCAGAAGAUACUUGAGAUCGAGCUUGAUAGGAUUUACAGGCUGAACCAGCUCCAUACUCGAUCAAUUAGAGUGUCUCCGAUUCGAUCGCUGAGAGAGAAGGAGCAACAAAAGAAGGCCACUGAAAUUGAAUCGACAGCGCAGGAAGUGACAGCUGAAGAUAUGGAAGAAUCGGUGGAUGAAAACACACCACAGAAGCUGAGUUCUGCUUCGUCCAAUUCCGAAAUCGUUACAGACAAGACUGACAAGUGAUACUUCUAUAAAGUUCUGCUUUAUGGAAAUUUUUUUUUUCCUUUUAAUUUUGAAUUUUGCCCCAAAGUCUUGUGGUGGCAUUUGAAGAAUUUUGAGAAAGAGAAUAAUAUCAUAUAUAAUACCUCAUUAUGUUUGAAA